AGCCAUCGUUGGAUUCACUGGGUUCCUAGAUGCAAUGUGAUUAUCCGUAGAUGAUUUCGUUCAAUGGGCAACUAUAAGUCAAGGCCACCGACAUCGUGUUCAGAUGAACUCAAAAAGAAAAUCAGUGAAGGUUAUGCGGUAGUACGAAGUAGAUUGAAUGAUGAUAUAAAGGCUAGAAAUUCGGCUUGGACACCAUUGCAGAUUGCCGCUUUUGACGGACUUCUUGAUGACUUCAGUCAGCUGCUCACAUCAGAAUCCGUAGAUUGCCGUACACCUCAGCAGCUUUCGUUACUUCAUAUUAUCUGUGCAGGACAGAGCGAGGGGCAAGUGGGAAAAAUCACUCAUCUGCUGAAUGACGUCUGUGACGAGGGCAAGAAGGCUUCGCUGCUUUCUCAUCUAUCCAAUAAUGGAUUCUCGGCUAUGCAUAUAGCUGUUUAUAAGGGUGACCUAGCUUUGGUGAAAUGUCUCCUAGACGAGGGCGCAGACCCUUGUCUUGGAGGCAAACAUCAACUUCCUCCUCUCCAUUUGGCUGCUAUGAUUGGAAGUCCCACUAUAGUACAGGCCUUAGUUGAUAAAGGUGCUUCCUUAGCAGCCAAUGACUUUGUGCUGUUCACUGCUUUGCAUUGCGCUACUUAUUUCGCUAAUGAGCAGGUGGUGCGCUGUUUGUUGAGCUGCGGUGCUGAUGGAAAUGUUUGUGGGGGCGUCAAGGAUCGUCCCUUGCACUUAGCGGCCAGCCGAGGUCUUUCCGCUAUCACCUCUCUCCUUUUAGAAGCAGGGGCUGAUCCACAGCUGGCCGAUGACGAAGGGAACCUUCCGCUGCAUUUUGCUGCAAAAACAGGACACAUGGCUGUACUCAAUAUACUCCUACGUAGCAGCUCCAAUGUAGUUGAGACAGUAGCUACACGAAACGUUUAUGGUGACACUCCACUUCAUCUGGCUUGCUACGGUGGUCGCCUGGAUGCAGCUAAAGCUCUCAUAGCAGCCGCUGGAUCUCACCUGAUGGUUUCGGAAAACGUAUUUUCUGAAACUCCAUUGCAUGCAGCUUGUACCGGAGGAAAGUCUAUUGAGCUGAUAGCAUAUUUGAUGAAGCAGCCGGGUGUGGAUCCAAAUUACCAGGGUCAAGAUGGUCAUACAGCUCUGCACUCGGCGUGCUAUCAUGGACAUCUGCAGAUUGUACAGUAUCUGCUUGAAAAUGGGGCUGACCAGUCUUUAUCUGCUCGGACUAACGAAAGACCCGCUAAUCUUCAAGGAGCUCCGCAGUCUACCUUUGCCACAGCAAUAAUGGCUCUGAAUCGGCCAGAGACACUUUCUGGAAUCUCGUCACGUGACUCUGUUGUUUCUAUCGAAGACCAACAAACACCGGUCAUCUGGGCCUAUGAAAAAGGGCAUGAUAGAAUAGUGGCUCUACUAAAGCAAUAUGCGAACAAACGACCAGAUGCUGAUGUUUGUAGUGAAUAUAGCUCUGGAGACUCCUACACACCUUUACCUUCUCCGAUGGGAAGAUUACGGUCAAUGACUAGAGAAAAAGCUGAAGUGCUCCAGCUGCGUUCAACAUUGCCUCCAAUAUUCCAUUUGUCUUUAGCUGACAUCGACUUUCAGGAAGCGAUAGGAAGUGGCUCGUUUGGAAAAGUCUACAAAGGAAGUUAUCGAGGAAAAGUUGUGGCAAUCAAAAGGUACCGUGCCGCUGUUUACGGUUGCAAAUCAGAAGUAGAAAUGCUUUGUCGUGAGGUGUCUAUACUUUCCAAACUGGCCCAUCCUAACGUAGUAAGCUUUGUUGGUGCAGUACUCGACGAUCCUAGCCAAUUCGCCAUUAUCACAGAGUUUGUCAGCAAUGGCUCGCUGUUUUCUCUUUUGCAUGAGCAGAAACGAGUUUUGGAUCCUCCUUUUCGACUUAGAAUAUCCUACGAUGUAGCUCAGGGUAUGCGAUACUUGCAUGACAGUGCUGCAAAGCCUGUCAUUCAUAGAGACUUGAAUAGUCAUAACAUUCUGAUUCAUCUUGAUGGACGUGCCGUGGUUGCUGAUUUCGGCGAGAGUCGAUUUAUGUGCCAGACGGAGGAGGAGAACAUGACGAAGCAGCCGGGGAAUCUUAGAUGGAUGGCUCCAGAAGUCUUUUCGCAAUCGGGUCGUUAUGAUCGGCGCGUCGAUGUCUUCAGUUUCGCUCUGGUCGUCUGGGAGGUGCAUUCUGGUGAACUUCCAUUUUCACAUCUAAAACCAGCUGCUGCAGCUGCGGAAAUGGCAUACAAGCGAGGACGUCCGCCCCUUCCGGACCAACCUACCGCUCAAUUUCCUGCUCCAAUACUAGAAUUGCUUCCAAUGGCUUGGCAUCAAGAUCCAAUGGCAAGGCCGGACUUUGCGCAGAUCGUGACCAUACUCGAACCGCAUGUCAGCUCUUUGGUCCAAAGCGGCGAUCCGAGCGAUCCUCAGGGUACCGUAUCUCAUCUGAAAACGCGCUGGGAGCAGCUGGCCAACAGUUCGUCACGAAAACACGCAAUUUCGUCCACACUGUCUUCGCUCAACGGAAUCACGUCGAGCGGAACCGUCGAAGAACUUCGCCAGCGUAUCGACCGAAACGGCUACAUAGAUUGGUUCAAAUGUGCCUUUGAUAGCCUAAAUUAUGAAGCGACAAAUGCGAACUAUAUGAUUAUUUGCGGCGGAAACUUGAUGGCGCUGUUUCAGAAAACUAAAAAGAAACUCUUCGAACAUGACAGGAAGAUGUCUUACAACUACUAUACGCAUCCAACAGGCAGUGGAACAGGAUAUGGGACCAGAGAGGGAAUAAGGAACGGCUAG